AGAGAGAGAAAAAACGGACUGUUUAGAGAGAGAAAGUUGGGGCAAACGAGCACGAAGACGAAGCAGGAAACCAUUUUUACCAACACCCGGGGCACGCAUAUACAUUUUCAUAUAUUUUCUGUAUAUGCGCACACUCCCAUCCUAUGUACAUAUAGCUCCUGGAUUUCUCUAGGAUAUUGAUACGCGUUCAUGGCUUCAUAGAUGCUAGAGCAGAUGUUACCCACUUCAAUUUGAGGCCCCUUUGCCACAAAAAAAAAACCCUAGAAUCCAGAGGAACCUCCCAGGGCGACCCAUUUCUAUCCAUAGCUUGCAAUUCCUUCUUUAUGUUUCACAAUUCAGGAAUUUGAAUUAAUAAAACUUGUAAAUGGGAGACGAGUAGUUGUUGCUCUUAAGGUGGGAAUGCAUGGAAGCGCUACAUGUGCUCUUGUAGUCAAUGCCGAGGUUGAUUUGAUGGGAGGAGUUGUUGAAGGUGGAGUUGGUGGUGGUACCGAAACCUCUCCGUGGAGUGCAGCACUAGAGAAGGUUCAAGAAAAACUUAGGCAGGAGUUUGAUGUCAGAGAUGAAAGCAGAAGACAGUUGGAAUUUCUUGAGAAAGGUGGAGAUCCACUAGAGUUCAAAUAUGGAAACGCUGCUUCGGUUAGUGUCCAAUCCACCUCACCAACAGAUCAACAACCUGAUCAAUUCGUGACUAGUGAAGCAAAAGGUAGUUUUGCAUUCACCGCAUCACCUCAUGGGGAUUCUGUUGAAAGUAUAGGAAGACCUGGAGCCACUCUAAUUUGUGAACCAAACAGUGCUGAUAACCUUAUGCUAUUUGAUGGUGAAAAUGAAUCUGUUGAAGGUGAGCAACGGAUAUCUAGGAACCUUAGUAGGACUAGUACUGCUACGCCGGAGCAGUCAACCCAGAUGGAUGGAAAUCAAAGUGCUAAGGAAUUAGGAGAUUCUGCAGCUUUUGAAGUUCCAAGAAAAGCAUACAAGCGGCGUGUCAGGCCCCGGCCAAAUCGUGAUGGUGCUAGAUCAAGCUCAAAUGAUGUCCUUGCUUGUGUUGGGCAUGGAUCUUUGCCUUCACAUAAUGGCCUCAGUGAUGCAAAAGGAUUGGUGGUUGAUGCAGAAAACAAGGCUAUCCAAAAUGGUACUGGGCUGCCAAAUGGCGAUGCAACUUGUAAAAAUAUACCUUCUGAUAAUCAAGUUGAUUUGGAGUCUACUGGUGCGAAGGCUGCAGAGUCAACAACUGACUUGAUGAAAGAUGGUCAGCUUAAUACAGUGUCAGAUUCUAUUUUUUCUAAAGAUCAAAUAAAUAUCCAGCAAGAUCAAGACUCGGCAGUUGUUGCCCAGGAAACUCCUAUUGAGGUAGCACCUGUUGAACCUGAAUCAUUGACGGAAAAGGAGAAGAUAGGCCUUGCAGGCCAGUUAUGUGCGGAUUCUGAAAAGAUUGAAAUCCUUUCUGGUUCCGGUCAGAUAAAUGGGUUCAUUAGUGCAAAAGGUGAAAAUAAAAGCAUAGCAAACAAUAAUGCAGCAUUGGUCACAAAGGGUUUAGAGUCCGAGUCAUCUUGCACUCACCCCAGCCUUAGUCUAGAUAGAAAUAAUGACAGUGACAUGUGUACUAACUUAAAAAUUUUAGAUUCUAACGGGAAUACAAAGGUACAAUCCUCAGUGCCUGAAGGAGCAGCAAUUACAGAAAUUAAGGAAGUAAAAGAGAGCAAGGCUGAUGAUAUCUGUCUUUCUAUUAAUGAAGGAUGCAAGCCUAUGCAUGAGAAUGACCAAGAGAAUGAAAUUGGACAAAAACCAAUGGAAGAAUUGGAUAGUAGUCAUUCUGAUCUCCAAACUAAGGUAAAAGAUAAAAUUCUCGUUGAAGGGAAGGAACCAGUUGGUCACACUUCAUCAGAAACUGAGCUGAAAUCGAGUGUUCCUGUAGGUGAUAAUUCUAACCCCCAAAAUGACAACACUUGCGGUGUUGUCCUUCAGGGAUCCAAUGAUUCCUCUAUUCCACAGCUAGCUGAAGCUUCUCCAUUGGUUGCAGUUUCAACUGCUCCCUCUGGGGGACAUCAAUCUGGUGUCAACACAGAACUGCUUAGCAAAGCUGACGAAAACUCAAUAUUGGAAGAGGCACGGAUUAUACAGGCAAAGCAUAAGAGAAUUGCUGAGUUGUCUGCUGUUACCUGCCCAAUGGAGAAUCGCCGGAGAUCUCACUGGGAUUAUGUGCUUGAAGAGAUGGCUUGGUUAGCAAAUGAUUUUGUACAGGAGCGUCUUUGGAAGAUAACAGCUGCCUCUAAAAUCUCUUACCAUGCUGCUUUUACCUCACGGUUAAGAUUUCAAGAGUGUAACAGCAGUAGGAAGCAAAAAACUGUAGCUCGUACUUUGGCAAAAUUUGUCACGGAUUUCUGGCAUUCAGUGAAGGGUUCUACAGAGAAGCUGGAUCUGCAAUGCCCUAAAGAAGGUUUUGGUCUUGCUAUCAAGGAAUAUGCUGUGAGAUUUCUGAAGUAUAAUAGCACUGAUGUUCCUCCUAGCCAGACUGAAGUUCCUGCAACUCUAGAGAGGAUAAUUGAUUCAGAAAUUAUAGACGUGCCCUGGGAAGACCAUCUGACAGAAGAAAAUCUCUUUUAUACUGUUCCCCCCAGUGCAAUUGAAAUCUAUAGAAAAUCUAUUGAAUCUCAUGUGCUACAGUGUGAGAAAGUUGGCAGUAGCAUGCAAGAGGAGCUUGAGAUGCCUGGAUGUGAGGCUGUUGCAGACUUGGGGUCUCAAGAUUAUUUAUAUGAAGAGGAUGAAGGGGAGACAAGCACAUAUAAUCUGUCAGUUGCCUUUGAAGGUAGCAACUCUUCAAGAUUUGUCCAGAAGAAGCGUAAAAUCCAGAUACGCACAAAUAGUGGAAGAUCAUUUGAUAAUGGUGCUGACUUGUCAUUUACGCACUACAUGGAAAAUAAAAUAGUGAACCAACAAUCUACGCUUCAGGCAAAACGGCCUGCCAGCAGUCUUAAUGUGUCUUUUCCCACAAAACGUGUACGGACUGGCUCAAGGCAAAGAGUUUUGAGUCCUUUUAUUGGUGGAACAUCAGGUCUUCAGCUGCCUAUCAAGACAGAUGCUUCAAGUGGCGAAACCAGUUCAUUUCAAGAUGAUCAGAGUACUUUGCAUGGUGGAUCACGCAUGCCUAACACCUUAGAAGUUGAAUCUGUAGUGGACUUUGAAAAGCAACUACAGUUUGACUCUGCUGAAGUAUCAACUAAACCUAAAAAGAAGAAAAAGAAUUCUUCAUAUGAACAGAGAUGGCAGGAUGAUUCUAAUUUUCAAAAUGAGCAGAGAGAGAAUUCCAAAAAGAGGCUGGAGGGUCAUCAAAUUGAAUCCAAUGGUAGUAGCGGUCUGUUUGGUCUGCACAUUCCAAAGAAGCCAAAGAUUUUGCGGCCAUCACUGGAGAAUUCUUUUGAUAAUAUGUCUCCUGUUACGGGAUCCAUUCCAUCUCCUGCAGCAUCCCAAAUGAGUAAUAUGUCUAACCCCAAUAAAAUUAUGAAAGUGCUUAGUAGCCGUGAUCGCAAUAGGAAGGGUAAAAAUUUGAAGAGCCCUGCUGGAAACCUCAUUUCGGGAAGUCAAUGGUCGUUAUUUGAGGACCAGGCACUUGUUGUUUUGGUGCAUGACAUGGGUCCAAAUUGGGAGCUUGUAAGUGAUGCUAUCAACAGCACUUUGCAAUUUAAGUGUAUAUAUCGCAAACCUAAGGAAUGCAAAGACCGGCAUAAAAUAUUAAUGGACAAAACUAAUGGUGAUGCAGCCGAUAGUGCUGAAGAUUCAGGCUCUUCUCAGCCUUAUCCUUCAACAUUACCUGGCAUUCCUAAGGGGAGUGCCAGACAAUUGUUUCAGCGUUUGAAGGGCCCAAUGGAAGAGGAUACCCUCAAAUCUCAUUUUGACAAAAUUAUCAUAAUAGGGCAAAAGUAUCAGUUUCAUAAGACUCAGGGUGAUAACCGUGACCCAAAGCAUCUUCAGCAACCUCACAGUUCUCAUGCAAAUGCUCUAUCCGAAGUUAUGCCAAAUAAAAUGACUGGACUGUCAGUUUUAACGCCACUGGAUUUGUGUGAUGCAAGUCCACCUAGUUCGGACAUUGUUUCCCCUGGAUACCAAGGUCCACAUUCAAGUGCAUUAGCUAAUUCCAACCCGGCCCUUCUCGGGCCAGCAGCGACUGCUCCUGGUGCAAAUUCUGCACUGCAAGUGCCUUCAAAUGUGAUGGUUGGAAAUAACUUUUCUUCAUCUUCAAAUCCGUUAAAUGCAACUGUCAGGGAUGGUAGAUAUGCUGUUUCAAGAUCGGCAUCUGUACCAUUCACUGAACAGCAGAGAAUGCACCCUUAUAACCGAAUGCUACCUGGUAGAAACAUACAUCAAUCCAAUUCAGCUACUCCUGGUGGGUUUCCAGGGGCUAAUCCUGGUGUCCGUAUGCUACCUGGUGGAAAUGGCGUGGGUAUAAUGUGUGGCACUAAUAGAAGUAUGCCUGUGAGGCCUGGCUAUCAGGGAAUUUCCCCAUCAUCUAUGUUGAAUUCUGGGAGCAUGGUUUCCUCUGGUAUGGUACCAAAUGCUAACUCUGUAAAUAUGCACUCUGGAAUUGGCUCUAAUCAAGGGAACUCGAUGAUGAGACCUCAUGAUACUUUGAAUAUGAUGCAGCCUACCCAAAAUCAGGACUCUCAAAGGCAGAUGAUGGUUCCUGAGCAUCAGAUGCAGGUAUCACCAGGUAACAGCCAAUAUGGGGGGCUGAAUUCCUCUUACGCCAACCAGACUGCCUCUCCACCUGCCUCGUCAUACCCCGUUAAUCAGCAGUCACAUCCUAUGUCUGCACAACAGCCUCAUGUGCUUGCCUCUCAUCAUGCUCAUCUUCAAGGAUCAAAUAACGCCACUAACCCACAGAAACAGGCUCUUAUGCAGUUUGCGAAAGAUAGGCAGUAUCAGCAGCGACUUUUGCAACAGCAGUUUGGUACAUCUAGUCCUUUGAUGCCACCUAUACAGCAGCACCAACUUCCUGUAUCAUCGCCAUCCCAAAAUAGUCCCCAAAUUACAUCACAAUCUUCUCCGCCUGCAUCACUUUCUCCUAUGCCAUCUACUUCCUCAAUGACUCCAGUGCCACAGCAUCAGCUAAAACAUCCAAUAUCACCUCAUGGACUUGGCCGGGGUGCUCAAAGUGGGGGCAAUGCCUCGACUAAUCAGGCAAGUAAACAACGGCCUCGACAGACACACAUGCAACAGCAACAGCUCCAACAGAGUAGCAGGAGUCACCUUCAGCAACGGAAACAACUGCAGCCACAACAGCAAGCUAAACUUUUGCAGGGUGCAGGGAGAGGGAACAUGAUCGCAAACCAGAACAUGCCAAUUGAUCCAUCCUUGGUGAACGGAAUUAAUACAAGUUUGGGGAAUCGAGCUGAAGAAAAGGUAGAUCAGGUGACACAGCCUAUGCAAACUCAGGGAUUAUAUCCUCGAUCGAAUCUAAACCCUGUUCAACCUACAAAACCUUCAGCACCUCAUACUAAUGCAAAGAUGCCUCAAUCUCAGCAGAAGAUGUAUUCUGUCAAAAUUGCUUCACAAACAGAAUCUCUUCAGCAGACACCCUCUCAUUCUGAUGAAGUGAACCAUGGUCAUGGUCCGCCAACUGCCUUGGGCUCAGCAUUGCCUUCUUGCCAUCAGCCUCGACUGCCGGCACAGAAAAACUUAAUGAAUCAAAGUCAACCCAAUUCCCAGAGAGUGAUGCAGCCUACUGGAUGCAAUUCUUCUCUGGGGGGUACAAUGAAGGCAGCACCUCGAGAAUGCAGCAAUACAGCUAAUGUGGCGUCAACCACUGUUCCUGCCAAUGUUUCCCAAUGGAAGGGUGCAGAACCAUUAUUUGAUUCUGCUGGGGCCCAGACUCAACCAAGUAAUCCUGCUGGUAGUGAACUUAGUUCUCAAGUAGGCCAAGGGUUAAACCAGAGACGACCUUCUGGCAACUUGUCCUCUGAGGGGCAUGAAGCCAGUGUGCAAUUGCAGCAGCAGCAGCAGCAGCCACACUCUCCGUUGCAUGAACCCCAGCAACAACAGCUGCCAUCACUAAAAAAGUCUUUGCAGCCGCAACAGGUUAUGCAAGCAGGGAAUAACAGUUUUUAUGCUCAUCCCAGCAUCUCUGGACCAGAUUGAAGAGCUGUCAACAGAUGUGAGGGUAAUCAGUGGUGGCUGGCAUUCCCUGUUGGGAUCAGCAAGCUCUGAUGUCACACAGUGUACAGAAGAAGUCAUUCACAGGUGGUAAUUUGAGAUUUUGCUGGAGUCAAGGGAUGCUGACGGCCUAAAAUUUUGGGUUUUGUAUAUUAUUUGCCCUAGAUCUGAUUCGAUCCUCUCCUCAGGAAGAUAGUGCCAGACAUAGAGUUAUGUGUACAGGUCUUGUUGUAUUUCUCUUGCUUUAAUUUCAUGCCAUUUUAGAUCCCCUUAAUCCAAUCCUUGGUUCCCCGCUUCAUGUGUGGGAGCCCCAAUUUGUUCGCGCCCCCUUCCGUAGUUCAACCCUUGUAUUUUAUUUCUCUAUUGUGUCGAAAGGGAUAGCACUAGCAGCAGUCAUUUUUAUAGCCGAAGGCUGUGGGAAAUUUUGUGAAUAUUAGUGUUGUAGUCUAGAAUUAUAAUAUUAUGAUUAGCAGUGUAUCAGUUAUGACUGCCUGCCUACCCUCAGGUCCCCCCACCCCCACCCUGCUGCAUUUCUUGUAAAUUAUCUUUUCCAUCUCCAGUAACAUGGUUUUUCAAUAUCUGCGUCAA